GCUACAACAGCUCGCCAAGCUUUGAUGGCGUGGGCUCACGCGGGCGUCCGCUCUAUGGUAAAAAUUAUAUUGUCUGUGAUUAAAAAACGAUUUUCGCAGAUAAACGCUCAGCGCAGAGUUGAAGAAGUACAAAUAGAUGGCCUUGCUCUGCUUAAACUUGUUAGAUAGGAACUCAAAAAUAUUGUGACGUCUAACCGUAGGUAAAGCAUUGUCGUGAUGCAUUGCCCAAGAUGGUCGCAGGAUCGCUACUGGGGCUCGACAAGGGUUCAAUUCUUGAGGUGACGCACUGCUUUCCAUUCCUGGCCCCCAGGUCUCAGGAUGAUUACGAAGAUAUCGGAGGCACAGAAGAGGAUGUGGACGGCGAAGAAUAUCAGAUGGAGAUGAUGAAAAUGCUCAGGGAAGUGAAUGUAGAUAACAACUGUGUGGGAUGGUACAAGUCUAUUUAUGCGGGGUCAUUCUGCCAGACACCUUUAGUGGAGACUCAGUUCAGCUACCAAGAUAACCUAUGUAAUAAUUGCGUUGUUCUGCUUUACGAUCCUAGUGCAAUAUGCAAUGGGAAAUUGAGUGUCAAGGCGUACCAGCUUUCUGAGCAAUUCAUCACAUCUUACAGGGCGAAGUCAAACUCAUUUGUGUCGCCCUCCUCCAUUUUGGUGCAGCUUCCACUUAAAGUCCGCAACUCUAGCCUUAUCACCGCGUUGCUUCACGACAUAAAUGAAUCCAGACAGCUCAAAAUGUGGCUCAAUCUUGUAGAUCAAAACACCGAAUGUGCAAAUCCCCUGGAACGCCACCUUGAACACUGUUGUCAGUGGGUUGACGACUUGAUUGAAGAGCAGGCCAAGUUCCAAUACUAUCUCCGCAAUAUUGAGCGUUUCAAAGAUCAUGCGCGUUGGCUUUCGCAACGUCGAGUUGAUAUUAAUGAUGAAGAAGAUGAUGCGCCCAUGUGGAAAAAUGCUACGAGCCCACCUCGUCUAGAUUCACUUCUCAUUGCCAAUCAGCUAAAGCAAUAUUGCCUCGAAAUUAACCGAUACUCAGCUUUUGUUCUCUCCAAGCUCCAGCUUGAAGUAACUUGCUGCAAAAGGGCAUAGUUCUCAUACAUACCUGAUGGUCAUUGGACUGAUGUACAUUCUCGACUUCUCCCUUUGUCUGCAAUGAAAUAAAAGAAUGCCAGCUAUUUUGGACUGCAGGAGUCUUUUUCCGCGACCUAAAUCUGGAUGCGCGAGAAGAGCUUUUCGAGAGUCCGAGAAGAGCUUUUUUCGAGAGCAGCGCAAUCAUGAUGGUGGUCUUAGGUGGCCAAGGCCAAGGACAGGGCA